AUGGCGGCGAAACAGUUGAGCGGUGCUCUACGAACAUACAUCGCAGCUGGAAAAGCUACUCCUUCACCACCUUUAGGACCAUCACUUGGUCAGGUAGAAAACUAUUUCCUUUUGUAUUUAUUUCAUUUUAUUUUAUUUUAUUUUUUCAAGAGUUAACACUUUCUUUUGCACUUUAUUCUAGCGCGGAGUGAACAUAGCUCAAUUUUGCAAAGAAUUCAACGAUCGCACAAAACACAUUGUCACUGGAGUUCCGAUACCAACAAUUAUCCAUUACAAGGUAAUCAUAAAUGCAAUAAUAAAUGCUAAGAUGUCGAGUGAACCUGAGAACUCCAGCAACCGUAAACUGCCGCGUAUGAUCCUACCUCCCCGGUGGGGGGGACUCCCAUAUAUAAAAGUGACGGGUAUAUUCGUCGGAAAAUUAAAAUGAAACCCCUAAGAGAGACCAAUGUGGGUGUGGCUGAAGCUUGAACUGACCCCGAAAGGAGACUUUACUAAAACAGGCAUCAUGGCAUUCUUUGUAUAAUUCCUUAUGCACAGCCCUAAAUGAUACCUGAAUGGUCAAAUAUAAUAACUUUCCAUCUUAAGGUGAUUCCCUAGUUUUGCACUGCGCAUCUCUUACUGCGCAUAACAAGAUGGCCUCCGUAAAAAAGAGCAUGUGAAGUAACAUUAUUAAAAUGAAGUUGACCGAAGAGAAACGCUAUUACAAUUUUUGCUUGCGGUUGUUUCUUGCCAUAGUGAGACUCAAUGUGGUGGUGGGAAUGUGCAUGACGUAAGCAGUACGCGUGUUGCUGAGUUCAACUUCCUCACGGAGAACCUCGAUAGUGGAUGUUUAAUUUGUGCUUAUUCACUUUGAUUUUCAUUUAAACGCUUUCUUUAUCACAUUGUGUCCUAAAUGUGAUAUCUCGAUGUAAAUUCAGUAAAAACAGAUUUUUUAAAUACUUUCUUCCCCCUUUCGCAUACAUUCUAUUUUGAAACUCGCCCCAGUCCUCUCUCAAAAAUCAAGGAAAAUGCAUUUGGUGCGCACUUUCUGCAGCUCUACCACAAAAACGAGUACGGUAACCCCCAUUUUUUAUUUCAUGAUUUUAAUAAGGACAGUGCUUCCUUUCGGUGAGAAAAAAAUUGGCACAAAUCAAUGGUCAGUUUUUUGGCAAUUUUACUAAAUUGUAUGGAUUGAGCUAUCAUGUGUCGAAUAGCGCGUGUCCAGUCUAAUUCUACUUUGGAGCGUAAAGUAAAAACAAGGGCAUUAAAAGGCAUUUUUCUGGUACGUAAGUGGAUAAACGUAAGUUACGAGCUCGAAGAUGAUUUGCGCAAUGUUGCCACCUGGUGUUGCACAAAUGAUUUGUUAAUAAAUCCUGAGAAAACGAAGUUCAUGUUGAUCGGCACCAAGCAAAUGAUAAGUAAACAUUCAGUUAAUUUUACUGUUUCGUUUAUUGGAAAGACUCUUAUGGCUGUCGAAUCAGCAAGAGAUCUAGGAGUAUACAUAGAUUUACACCUGACCUAUGACACUCAUAUCUCUCACUUAGUCUCUUCUUGCUUGACUAAACUGGUUCAGAUCAACCGCGUGAAAUAUUGUUUUGAUAGGAAGACUUUGGUUUUAAUUAUUACAUCUCUUGUCUUUAGCAAAAUGCUCUACUGUUCGACCGUGUGGUCUAAUACCUCAUCUAAGAACAUUGAAAAGCUGCAACUUAUUCAGAAUUUCGCCUGCAAAAUUAUCUGCGGCGCUCGGAAAUAUGACCACGUGACGCCAUUACUUGAUGAACUCAACUGGCUUCCAGUUAGCAAGAUGCUCAAAUUCAGAGACGCUGUUAUGGCUUAUAAGUGUGCCAGCAAUUUAGCUCCUGAAUACCUAUGUACUAAGUUUAAAAAACGAUCUUCUGUACAUAAUCGCACAACCCGUAAUAAUGAGAAGUUCGAAAUCCCAUUAUUCAGGUCUGCCACCGGCCAACGAACCUUCACCUAUAGGGCAGUAUCCCUGUGGAACACGUUAGACGAAGACCUUAGAAACGCUACAACUGUAAAGGCCUUUAAGAAAGCCCUGAAACUUGUAAUGAAUGAAUGAUUGUAUGACAGUUAGCAUUUAACAAUAUUAGCUUGUUAGAUAUAGUUUGCAUUUAUAUUUGUAAAUAGGUACUGAAAAACCUUUUUUGGGAGUAUUUAUUAAAGUUUUAUUAUUUAUUUUUAUUUUAUUAUUAUAAACAAUACAUUAAAGUCAAAUUCUUUGCGAUACCACAUGGAUCAUUGAAAAAAUCUUUCCUUUUUGUCUAGUUUUGGGCUGCGUGAGGUUUUUGUCAAAGGGUCCAAAAUAGCCGUAUUUGUCAGCAUUGUGACGUCAAAACGAGCACAGUGACCCCACUUUUUAUUACGUUUUUAUCAUCUUCUUGACUUGUUACAUCAGUGUAACAAGUUUCAUCUACAAUGUAUGUUAGGUUCUUUUACUAGGGAACCACCUUAAACACCCUAAGUGAGACCAAAAUCUGCAAUUAUUAUUUGCACCCCUAAGCGAGAUAAUGAGCAACGCGGUCACUUUUUUGUCCCCCCCAUCCUGAGAGUCACAGGCCCUAAACAAGGUUUGUAAGUUUUCCCAUUGUUAGAAUAUUAAACAUUAAAUCCAACAAUAACUAAGACCACUAGGUCUAAAACCAAAACACAGCUAAUUGCCAGAGCAAAAGCAAAAUGCCAGUACCCACCCCUCCCUGCCUUUAUAGAAGGAAACCGUAGUACCCUUACGUAUGUCAUAUCACUAACCAUGCCUGUUGAGCAUGAUUUCCAGUCAUUGUUUCUCGAAGAUGAUGUGGACUGCAGAAAUAAGAAUUUUAAAUGAAGAUGAAAUUAUGAUCCUUUCACAGGAUAAGAUGAACUCAACAAAUUGGCCUGCUCCCAAUGUAUGGGUCUUCAUAUCUCAAAGGGUAUAGCACUGCAGCGCUAAUACAGAGGUCAUGGGUUCAAAUCCUGUUGAAGUCCCAAAAUUUUUUUCGGAUUUAUUUGCAAUUUCUUAAAUUGCAAUUACCAAUGUGACAAUCAGAUCUUCAUUUAAAAAAAGUCAUUCUUUCUGUUGAAACAGUAUUGUUUAUCAGAGUUGUGUACUUUUUUAUUGAUGCACAUUUAAACAUUUAUAACCUUAGGGUGACAGGACAUUUACCUUUGAAAUGAAUUCACCUCCAGUCUCACAUUUCCUCAAAACGGCAGCAGGGAUUGAAAAAGGAGCACAAAAGCCAGGUACCUUAAUAUAAAACCCUCAAGUCCAUUUGCUAAGAGGACAUUAGUCUUGUGGUGAACAGUUAUCAGUGAUAUAGGUUUUCAGUAAAAAAAACUGUCCUGUGUAAAAGUGUUUGAGUGGUUCUCACAUACACACCAUUUCACAUCUUCCCCUCUGUGAUACAAACAUUUUAGAACAUUGCACUAGCCUUUGCCCUUGUUGACUUCAGGUCUUACUGUAAGAUGCUUGAAAAUUUUGAAAUUUUUCACCACCAGGGAGAGAAGUUGCUGGCACAGUGACUCUAAAACAGAUUUAUGAAAUUGCAAAAAUCAAGAAACAAGACUCAAACAACAGAAAUGUCCCAUUAAAAAGUGUGUGUAGAUCAGUUAUUGGAUCAGCAAGAAGUAUGGGGAUACAGGUUAUUCCAGGCAAAGAUUCAGAUACAUAA